AUGCGGCAUCCUGCAGAUGGGGAGGCAUGGAAAGAGUUCGAUCGAACGUUCCCCGAGUUUGCUGCUAAUCCCCGAAAUAUUAGAUUGGGACUUGCCACUGAAGGAUUCAAUCCGUAUGGGGUUCUAAACCAACACCACAGCACUUGGCCGAUUUUCGUAUUCCCAUAUAAUUUGCCACCUUGGAAAUGCAUGAAAAAAGAAUACAUGAUGAUGACUGUUUUGAUAACUGAGGAUCCUGGGAGGUCAAUCGAUGUUUACUUAAGGCCGCUAGUUGAUGAGCUGAAGGAUUUAUGGACAAACGGUGUUCGCACGUACGAUAAAUCAACUGGGAAGAUGUUCACUUUGCGGGCAGCAGUUAUGUGGACUGUGAAUGAUUUCCCAGCAUAUGCAAUGGUUUCUGGGUGGAGCACAAAAGAUGGUUGCCAUGGGACCAUGAGUGGAGGGAAAAAGAUAAAGAGUUUGACGGGAACACAGAGCAUCGCCUUAGACCUAGAGAAUGAUAUCGAGGGGAAGACAAAGGACACGAUCAAAGCUCGUCUUGAUUUGGAAAGAAUGGGCAUACGAAGGGGUUUAUGGAUGAAUAGGGACAAUGAUAAAGCUAGAAGGGAUCUUGCAUUCUUUUCUAUGAAACCGAAUGACAAGAAAGAGUUUCUAAAGUUUGUAUCGUCUGUAAAGUUUCCCGAUUGCUUUCUUCACAAGUAUGAUGCACGUGAUGGUUCACUUGCCAGAAUAGGCAUUGCUUGCUGGUCCUGUCAACUAUCGCUGGAUAUAUCCAAUAGAAAGGCUUCUCGGAGAGCUGAAAAAAAGUAUGUGGAGACGAUUUUCGAUCGUCCUCAGCGCAAUCAUGACGGAGGUAUGAGAAAUGAAAAACUUUAUGUUUUUGCCCAAAGAGCACGACCCUUUGGAGAUCCUGGACGAGGAGAGUCAUUUUCUAGAAAUGACGUGGAGGUAGCUCAUUGGUUCGUACAGAACAAUUGUGAUGAGAUCAUGGGAUACUUAUAUGACCAUGAAAAGAUGAUGAAGCGAGAACAUCCAUCACAUUUGGUUGCCCAGAAACACCGUGAAUUGUUUCCACAAUGGUUUUUGGAUUCUGUGAAUAAGUUGAAAUCAUCGAAUUCCCCAACUUACAGUGAUGAGUUCUAUAACUUGGUGUUCGGCCCGAUUCGCACUGAAUUGUUCUCGGGUUGUAAUGUCAACGGCGUCAAAUUUUUGGGGUUGCACGAGAUGACAAGUUGUGUACGCAAAACAGCGGUGUCCAUGUCCCAGGUGGAGGCGAAAUGUCGAUGGUUUGACACUAACCCAAAUAGGCUGGCAAGUGUUAAAAUCGAUCAUGGCUUACUAUUUGUGAACAUGAACAGAACUUGGUAUGAUGACGACCCUUAUAUUUUGGCAAACAUGGCAACACAAAUUGUGUAUCUAGAUGACCCUAAAGCCGGAAGUGGUUGGAACGUUGUUCAAAAGAUGGAUCAUAGGAACGUGUAUGCUAUACCAGAACUAGACCCAACUGACAACGACGUCGACAACGUGGCUGACCAACGUUUAGAAUCUUCAAUGGAAAAUGAUGCGGAAACACUUCGAGAUACAAAUGUUAUACAAGAGCCAUUUCAAAUACAAGGAGUGUUUUUAAUCGAAAUACCGAUUCAGUCAAUUACAAUUGACAUCGGUGAUCUUCCGCGAUACGAUGUUGCAGUUGGCCCGAGCAACGACGAUGAUGUAGUAUAG